AUAGUAAGAGAGAAGGGAAAAUAUUAUAAAAAUAACUAUGGAAACUAUCAAUACGACUCUCCAAUCGUGCCCCAUUGUAUGCAUAAAUGAACCAGAUACGCAUAGUGCCAACACAGAAAUAUUGGAUACAACACCCGAAAGUACUUUAGAGAAGCCAAGAACUGUUGGUGGUGGUGGAGCGACAACAGCGGCAACAGCAACAGCAACAGCAACAUCAUCGAGUGUGACAACACUUAACACUGGUGGCAAUAAUAGUUGUAUUACCAUUAAUUCUAACCCAACAACAUCAUCAUCAUCAACGGUAGCGGUAGCAACUGCAACAGGAACAUCUGCCGUUGCCACUGCUUCCAUUUCGACGGCAGCAACAUCUACCAGCAGCAGCUGUUCAUCGGGUGUGACUAAAAUAACCAUAACCAGUGACAACAGCAGCAAUCACAAUACAAGCAAUCACAAUAAUAGCAACAGCUUAGUAUCGAUUACUAGUUUAAAUAGUUGCAAUAGUACAUCUAGUACAUUGGCCCUCAAUGGUAGCAACAAUCAUCCUCACGGCAACACUCUACAACAGGGUAGCGAUACAUCAUCUGCCAAUUUUCAAGAACGUUUCGAUUUUGAUCAUUUGAAGAGCAUAAUCAGUGAAUACAAUUGCUUUAAUAGUUUAUAUCGCUAUUGGCAUAACGGUAGCAAUAGCAACCACAACAACAGCAACAACAACAACAACAACGACAACAGCAACAACAACAAUAGAUCCCAUCUAACUGGUGAUGGUGACAAUGCCGAUGAUAAUAGCGGAUUGGGCAGCAUUGCCGGUUCCUUUUAUACAAAUAAUAUAUUAGGCUAUACAUUUGGCUAUCCAUUUGGCAUUAAAGACGACGUCGAAGGACAUCACAGCAACACAAGUGUUGGCUUUAAAAAAUCACAUUCGAACCAUAACAAUAACAAUCAUCAUCAUAGUGGCAGCAGCAGCAGCAGCUGCAACAACGAAACGCCACUCCAAAAACACUAUCGUCAACAGCAGAAGAAGAAGAUGCCUGUCUUUCGAGGACGAAGAGCCUGGUGCGGCUGCUUCAAGGACGAUGAACCGCCUGAAAUUUGUGUGGUCGAGGGAGCCUUCACAUUGCAAACUCUUACGCCAACCCAACCGAUGCCAGCUGUCGAUGAAUUGGAUACGAAAUUCGCCGAACUGGUGGAGGAGCUGGAUUUGACGGCACCCAAUAAGGAGGCCAUGUUGAGUUUGCCGGCCCAGAAGAAGUGGCAAAUCUAUUGCUCACGUAAACUACCUUUGGAUGCCAAUGAUGGAGCAGAUGGACCGACGGCCAUUACACAACCGCCGACAGCCGAGCAUUAUAUUGAACGUCUAAAGGAUCUGGUGGUCCACGUUUCGCUAUCCCCGGAAGAUUCACCCAGUCAUGAGCUGAGCGCUCGCCUCGAUAAUCAUGCGGCAUUUGUGGAUGCAUUGAAGACCGCCUUGCGUACAUCGACUCAUAGUUUUGUAUUGCGUUUUGUCGAGCUGGAUGGCCUGCCCGCUCUGCUCAAUUUGCUCCUGCAAUUGGAUAUACGAGUGGCAAAUAGUUCCCUACACACUAGUCUCAUUGGCUGCAUCAAGGCCCUGAUGAACAAUUCGAUGGGUCGGGCUCAUGUGUUGGCCCAUCCCACGGCCAUUGAUACGAUUGCCCGUUCGUUGGCUGCUGAUAAUAUACGAACGAAAAUCGCAGCUCUCGAGAUUUUGGGCGCCGUUUGUCUGGUGCCCGGUGGCCAUCGUAAGGUAUUGCAGGCGAUGCUACAUUUUCAGGAAUUCGCCACUGAGCGAACACGUUUCCAAUCGAUUGUCAACGAUCUGGAUCGUUCCACCUAUGCGUAUAGGGAUAAUGUCAAUUUGAAAACGGCUCUCAUGUCCUUUGUGAAUGCUGUACUCAAUUAUGGGCCUGGUCAAGAGAAUUUGGAAUUCCGUUUGCAUUUGCGAUAUGAAUUCCUAAUGCUGGGCAUUCAGCCAGUCAUUGAUAAACUGCGUACCCAUGAGAAUGAGACGUUGGAUCGACAUUUGGACUUCUUUGAGAUGGUGCGGGCCGAUGAUGAAAAGCAAUUUGCCCGCCGUUUCAAUGAGGAACAUGUGGAUACAAAGAGUGCCAAUUCCAUGUUUGAGCUCUUGCGUCGCAAGCUAUCCCAUUCGCCAGCCUAUGCGCAUAUGUUAUCCUUGUUGCAGCACAUGCUCCUACUGCCCUAUACGGGCCAUUGUACGGAACAUUGGCUAUUGAUUGAUCGUGUGGUCCAGCAAAUUGUCCUGCAAGUGGAGCAACGACCGAGCAGCGAUCUCAUAACCGAUCCCGAUGAUCCCACAAAACAAUUGGCAUUGGCCAAUCAGACAAGCAUACAUGAUCCAGAUGUGGCACCAUUGCAGAUAGAUGUCAAUAAGCUGGUGCGUCUGCUGGUCAAAGAGGAGCAAUUGACACAGGCACGCAAGCGAGCCGAUGAAUUGGAACGUGAGAAUUUCGAUAUACAAUCUCGUUUGGCCAAAAAGGAACAGGAAUUGGAUCUGCGUAUGCAGGAGAAGGAAGAUCUGGAAACGGGUCUGACGCGUAUGCGUGAGCGCUUAGAAAAGGAGUCAUCGCAGCAUUCACAGGCCGUCCAGCGUGCCCAGACAGCUGAAAUGAAGGCUGAGGAUUUGCAGCAUCGCCUGCUCAAUGAGCAACAGGAACGUGCUCGUCUCGAGCGUCUCGUUACCGAGGGCAGUAUACCCGAUGAUCAGAAGGUUGCCGGGCUAACUGGUUGUAAUGGAGCUGUAUCACCGCCACCACCGCCGCCGCCCAUGAUGAAGGCAGCAGCAGCAGCACCACCGCCACCGCCGCCCAUAAUGCCACCACCACCACCGCCACCGUGUCCAGGAGGAGGGCCACCACCACCGCCAACUAUGGCACCAACAAUGGCUCCCUUGCCACCCAAAUUGGAGAUGCCAAAGAAAAAUGUGCCACAGCCGACGAAUCCUUUAAAAAGCUUCAAUUGGUCUAAACUGCCCGAUGCCAAGCUACAGGGCACUGUCUGGUCCGAGUUGGAUGAAAGUAAAUUGUAUAAUAAUAUGGAAUUGGAGUCCAUAGAUAAACUAUUCUCUGCCUAUCAAAAGAAUGGCGUUUCGGCAACUGAUGGAUCCUAUGAGGAUUUACGUGUCACUGGUAAAAAUAAACAAAAGGUUCUUUCGGUCAUCGAUGGACGACGUGCCCAGAAUUGUACCAUAUUGCUAAGUAAACUAAAGAUGAGCGAUAUGGAAAUAUCAAAGGCAAUACUCUCCAUGGAUAGCAAUGAGCAAUUGGCAUUGGAUAUGGUUGAGCAGCUAUUGAAAUUUACACCCUCAGCGGAGGAGAGAGCUUUAUUAGAUGAGCAUAGCGAGGAUAUUGAAUCUCUGGCACGGGCCGAUCGUUUCCUCUAUGAGAUAUCCAAAAUACCACACUAUGAGCAACGUUUGAAGAGUCUGCACUAUAAGAAACGUUUCAUGUUGACCAUAAAUGAUCUGAUACCACGUAUUACCAGUGUAAUGGAGGCAUCCCGUGAAGUGGCCCGAUCGAGACGUUUGCGUAAACUAUUGGAGCUAGUCUUGGCAUUGGGCAACUAUAUGAAUCGUGGUGCACGUGGAAAUGCCUCCGGAUUCCGUUUGUCUUCCCUUAAUCGUCUAGCCGAUACCAAAUCUAGUGCUGCCAAGGGCACAACUUUGUUGCAUUAUCUUGUUCAAGUCAUUGAGAAGAAAUUUAAAGAUCUAUUGAAAUUGGAGGAUGAUAUACCACAUGUACGUGAGGCAUCAAAGGUAUCAUUGGGUGAAAUGGAUAAGGAUAUACAAAUGCUGCGCACCGGAUUGGCGGAUGUGGCUAGAGAAAUUGAAUUCCAUCGGAGUUCGGGACCAGCGCAACAGGGUGAUCGCUUUUUGCCCGUCAUGCGUGAAUUCCAUACACAGGCAUCUGUCCGUUUUGCCGAAUUGGAGGAUAAAUUCCAAGAUAUGAAGACACGUUUCGAUCGUGCGGUUCGUCUGUUUGGCGAAGAUGGCUCUGUCCUCCAGCCAGAUGAGUUCUUUGGCAUAUUCGAUUCAUUUUUGGUCUCAUUCGGUGAGGCGCGUCACGACAACGAAAGUUUCCGUCGCCGGCAGGAGGAGGAGGAGAAGCGUGCUAAACAGGAGGCCGAGCUCAAGAAGCGGACAAUUGAGCGGAAAAAUAAAACCGGACUUAUGUCCAGUGUGGCACGAAAUCUGGGUCUGAAAUCGUCAUCGACAGCGGCCAAUGAUUCGCCAGUCAAGGGCGAUAAUAAGGGAGAAUUCGAUGAUUUGAUAUCGGCAUUGCGUACGGGCGAUGUCUUUGGCGAGGAUAUGGCCAAAUUCAAGAGAUCCCGCAAGGCGAGAGUUGUGAAUGGCAGCGGCAGCAGUGGCGUCCCUGGCAGUGGACCGGGGGCAAGUGCAGCUCCUGGCGGCGGUCACACCUCACCGCCGCGUCAUGGUAGUCUGCAACGGGAGGAAAGUGGCCGGGAAAGGGAACGCACUGUGAGGCGUCAGUAAAAAAAGAGUAUUUUUUUUUUUUUUUUAAAUCUAUAUAUAUUUUUUUUGUAAUUAUUUAUCUAUAUAUAUAUAUAUAUAUAUCACUUAAUAAUCCUUACCUAAAUCUCUGCUAGAAAAGCGUGAAACCAAAUUUUUUUUACAAAAAUUGUAAUUUUAAAAUGAAGAAAAACCGAAAACUGAAAAAAAAGAAGCGUAAAGCAAAAAAGACGAAGAAAAAGUGAAAAUGUUAUUGAAAACUACGAAAUAAUUGUUUUGUAUGUGUAUUGUAUGUGUGUGUGUACCUUUUGAAAUUGUAGUGCUAUAUAUAUAAAAAUAUACUAUAUAUACCGAUAUCAUAACGUGCUCAUCUAUUUGCUAAAUAAAUAAAUAAAAAAAACAAAAAACGACAAAAAAAAAACAUAAUCACAUCCAAAGGUCAACAUGAUGACCUGCCAUAAAGUCAUGUUCAUUAAUAAGAUUUAUACAUACAUAUCCUUUGUUUACUUUUGUAUCCUUUUCUUUUUGUUUCGUGAUUAAUCAAUCUGUUUAUGUUUUUUAGCACCUUCACAUUCAAUAUAUAACAAUUUUUGUACACAGAAAAAAGAAAACAACAACAUAUAAUU